AUGUCACAGCACGAGCUUGCGCGCGCAUAUGCUAUGAAUGGGCAAGUGGAAAGGGCAAUAAAACUUUUGGAGCUAGUUGUGAAGAUCAAAGAAGGCAUACUACCUAUUACUCACCCACAUCAGCUCAUGUCACAGCACGUGCUCGCACGCCCAUAUCAUAAGAAUAUGCAAGUGGAUAAGGCGAUUAAGCUCCUUGAGCAUGUUGUGAAGAAUGGAGAAGGCGCACUACCUAUUACUAACCCUGACCACCUCUUGUCACAGCAUGAGCUUGCAUGCGCAUAUCAUGCCAAUGGCCAAGUGGACAAGGCGAUAGAACUCCUAGAGCAAGUAGUUAAGAUUCAAGAAGAGUGCUACCUGUUGCUAAUUCUGAGCGGCUGUGUUCAGAGCACGAGCUUGCACACAUAUAUCUUGCUAAAGGGGGCCGAGUUAAAGAGGCAGUAG